UGUCACGUGAGGCUCUUUCUUUCUCCUCUUCACAUCUGUCCGAGUUCCUUUCACCUCUCUCUUUCUUUUUCAAAAUUCAGACAUGACGACCGGCCUGCCUCCUUUGGAAUACAGCGACUGUUUCUUGGAUUCGCCUUCUUUCCGCGAGACCAUUGCCCUCUACGAGCAGGAGCUCGAGAGCAAUACCAAAGUCGUCAAAAACUUGGUGAAAGAGUGCGAUAAUAUGAUACAGAAAACGGAAGAGUUUUCAAGAGUCCAGCAGUCGUUUGGUCAUGCUUUGAGUCAGUUCCAUUUCAAGACAAUCGGCACAGAACAAACUGAAGACGAACAAAGAAUUUCUACUUCGCUCCAGUCGUUUUCCCGUUUGUUGUUAUCGAUUGAAGACUACAGACACAAUAUGCUUAAUGCCAUUAGAGUCAGGUUACUUAAAACACUACAGCAGUUCAGAAUAGAACACAUGAAAAAGACUCUAGAAGAGAAAAAGAGAUUUGACGAUGCUUCAAAGAAGUAUUACGCAUUUUUAGAUAAUUUCUUGAGCACCAAACCCCCCAAGAGGAAGGACGGUAAUCCAGGAGUAGUGGAUGUCCCUGAGAAUGAUCAGUUUGAACGAGAGAAGGCUCAGUUUCGACAAAUAUCAUUUGACUAUGUUUGUCACCUUCAAGACGUUCAUGCUCAGAAACACUUUGAGUUAGUAGAACCGAUUAUCGGAUACAUCACUGAUAUUUCUACUUUUCUUCAUCAAGCUUAUGAAGAAGUUUGUAGCUUGAGGCCGCAAAUUGAAGGGGCACAGUUCAAAGUUCAAUUGCUACGAGAGACUCAUGAAAGUGAACAAGAGAAAGCUUAUCAUUUGAAGGCUCAAGUUAUUGAGGAAGGGCAACAUGGUAUGGUCCACCAUCCUGAAUAUGUCAAACAAGGUUUAGUGAUGAUAUUGGAUAAGAGAAGAGGAAUCGCAGGCCAUCACUGGCAGAAAUACUUUUGUCAGUUUCGCAAAGAAGAGAAAAGAAAAAUGGUGAAAUUUUUGUGUAAUCAGAAAAGCCCAGCGACACCAACAGAUGAAUGGAUGGAAGUGAAGGAUUGUGUUCGUGCCAAAGCUGAAGAGAUUGAGAGAAGAUUUUGCUUUGAGUUGAAGUGCAGUUUGAAGGGAGCAGAAUAUAAGAUAAUCCUUCAAGGGAUUGGUCAAGAGGACAGAACAUCAUGGCUCCAAGUGAUGGAAGGAAGAGAGCCAGUUUAUUCAUCUUUAAGAGCACUAGAAACUGGAAGGAUCAAUGCUGUUGGAUACAAAUUUGUUGAGAAGUGCAUUAACACAAUUGAGGAAAGAGGAUUGGAAGAGGAAGGUCUAUACAGGAGACCUGGAGUUCUCGCAAAAGCUAACAAACUAAUGAAAGAAGUGUCAGAUAGUAAUGCAGUUGAAAACAUGGACUUCUCUGAUGAAAUUGAAUGGGACACUAAAACACUGGCCAGCUCAGUGAAAGCAUACUUUGCGAAGUACCUGGGUGAACCAGUACUAACUUUUGAGCGCCACUACAAUUUCAUCAAUGCAGCCAAAAUUAAUGACACUGAUGAAAAGUGUAAGAGCAUUCAAAUACUAAUAAGAGAAUUACCUAAACCAAAUUAUGACAUCCUCUCACUUCUAAUACCUCACCUGAGAAACAUUGCUGAUUUAAGUUCCGUCAAUUUGAUGAAAGCCAGUAAUCUUGGAGUCUGUUUUGGUCCCACGCUGAUGCGUCCGGAGCAUGAAACUGUUGCUAGUAUUGUUGAUAUUCGUUAUCAGAACAUUAUAGUUGAAUUCAUGAUCAGUCAUGUUGAUGAAUUGUUUCCUGGAGCUCGUGAAGAUCGUCCUUACCCACGAACCAAAGGAAUGAAAACGACUAGUAAACUAUCACGAUCUGAGCCGUCUAUUAGGAACAGGCGUCCUCCUCCUGCUGCUCCUGUAAAGAUAUCUGCCGCUAACUUUGCUAAGAGGAGCCAGGAGCAGAGAGCACAGUCAAUGAUAGGGAGUGCUAGUAGUUCUAGUUCAGUAUUACCGAUUGUUAGUAAUAAAGACAUUCCUCCACCUCCUGUCUCACAGAGGCAGUCAGUUGCUCUGACCCCACCCGCCUACAGCACCAGUGGACAAGACAGAAACAUUCUACAUGAGUCUGGUCAGUUUGAUCAUUUAGAAUCAAAGAAGCCUGUACCAACACAGAGACAAACUUCUGUUCAGAGGAUUGCUCCUCAACCUCCCCCUACAGCUACAAAGCCUCAUUCUCAGUCAUCACCACCUGAACCACCUCCCUCUGAAGCAAAGCCAAGUAUACUCUCAAGGCGUUCCCCUCCAUCUCCACCAGUAAAACCAAGCACUGGCAGGCGUGCCAAGGCUUUAUUUGAUUGUGAGGCUGAAGAUGAGUUGGAGCUCUCUUUUCGUGAAGAUGAAAUAUUUAUUAAUGUUGUGGAGUCUGAGGAGCCAGAUUGGUUGCAAGCUACUAAUUCAUCAGGGAAGAGAGGUCUUGUGCCUGCCAACUAUAUUGAGUGGUUGACUUAAUGCUUUAUUUUGACGGUUUAUAUUGUUAUUAAUGUUAUAGUUCAUGCUAGUAAAAUUCAUUAGUUUCACAACUUUUUUGUACUCAAUCUAGUCAGAA